AUGCAAGAAUACACCCACGCAGGACCUGUUGAUUGCAACAAGCCCAUCAAUGUCGAAAGCCUCAAGGGGAAAACGGCAAUUGUAACAGGAGGUGCCAACGGUUUGGGAGAAGCCUAUGUUCGGGCUCUGGUUGCCGCAGGGUCGUCAAAGUCUGUAUCGGUGAUCCUGAUGUACAAAGGGGAAGCAAAUUGGAAGAAGAACUAUCUGGGUAUGUACAUGGUCGAAUCUUCAUCUCUACGCUUCACGCUCAUAUAUCGUCCCAAAAGGACCAAAUUCAUUCGAUGUGACGUCACAAAGUGGAGUGAUCAAAUCAACCUCUUUCGCCAGGCUGUCCUCUUCUCUCCAACGGGGAGGAUUUCCCAUGUCAUAGCCAACGCGGGUAUUCAUCGCGAUGACGAAGUCUUUUCGUACUCCGGUGACGAUAAGGAGCCAGGAGAGCCCAAUUUGAGCGUCAUUGACGUCAACAUCAAGGGUACUCUCUAUACGGCCAAAUUAGCCGCACAUUAUUUCAUUCGGCAGAAUGGGAAAGAAGCAUCACAAAAGCAGGAGGAUUCUUCUUUAGUUUUGAUCGGAUCUGGUGCAGCUUUCCUGGACUGUCCACGGGCCCCUCAGUACAGUGCGAGCAAAUGGGCGGCUCGCGGAAUUAUGCACUCAUUGAGAAGGACCGCCCAUUUCUACGGCAGUCGGGUCAACAUCAUCUCCCCAUGGUACGUCAAAACGAAAAUUUUAUCCGAAGAAGUUUUCAACCAUGUAUCCAACGUGGGAGUUGAGUUUGCAAAGGCGGAAGAUGCAGCCCAAUGCCUCUUGAGAAUCCUCGGCGACGUCAGCAUUAACGGGCAUUCGUUGUUUGUUUCGGGAAGAAAGUGGGCUCCUAAUGGAUACCUUGAUCUCGAUUUGGAGGAUUAUCCGCAGAGUCCACUGAUCCAGGAGAUUCAAGAAGAUCAAAUGAAAUCGGCACCUGUCUCUCUAGGCUUGUUUGCGUGA